CGACGUGAUUUUAAUGUCGAAGGUUAUAAUAACGAGAUGUCGACGGAAAUAAAGCAGUCGUGCGCGCAUUAUAUGUACACUUUUUCUGAUUCGGACCUGAAAAGCUUUGAUCAACCAGAUAACCUAUUCGAUCAAGAUUCUGAAUUAAUUAUCAAAGAUUAUCAUCGUAAAAUUCAAGAAGAAGAAGCUGAAUUUACGCGAGAGCUUAAUAAAUUAAUCAAGAUUCAUGAAGAAAAAAUAAAAGAUUUAAUUCGUGAACGAAAUUGGAAAUUAUCGAAUUUGUAUAAAAAGAAUUCAAUAAUUAAUCCUAAGCAAGUGGAAUUUGAUGAGUUAUCUUUGAAAUUUGAAGAUGAUGAGACAUCAGAGAUCAAAAAAACGUCUGCAGAUGAAAAUUAUAUAACACCGGAGAACAAAACCGAAACAUCAGUUAUAGAUUUAGAAAAAAGUCUGGAAGACAUGUGUAUUAAUAAGAUUAAUAAGACACCUAUUUCUGUUCAGUCUAUAUCACCACUUUCAAUUUCGUAUCACGAUCUUGAUCCUGAUGUUUAUGAUUGCAACGAAAUAUUGACAUAUUCUCCAUCAGUUGAUACCAAAACUGUUUCAAAUGUUCUAGCAGAUUUCACGAUAAUUGAUGAUGACCUUACAUCAAUUUCUCAGACAAACACUACGAUAUACAACGUCCUUCCACCACGAACAGAACAAUUUAGUAAUGAAAAAAAAAUGCCAAAUUAUCAACGAAUGUCAAUUCCCGAGUUGAAGGCAUGUGGAAGUGGCAAAAUAUGGUAUCAGGCCUUCUGGAAAAGAAACAAUGAUUCGUCAAUUAGAAAUUAUAUGGAAUAA